GCAUGUAAUAUACAUAUAUAUAUAUAAUAUAAAUUUGUUUUAUAUUUAUAUUGGCUAGCUGUUGCACAUAUUAUAAUCGCUCAUUGAAAUUUAAAAAAAGAUCUCUCAGAUAUAUAUUUCAUAAUUUCUAGUUUGACCUUUUUUCAGUAAUGUGACACAGUAAUAUUACACAUUUUUUUAUAUCAAGACUUUGUAAAUUAACAAAACCAAAUAUUGAUAUGUUCUCAAUUGUAAGAAAGGUUAAAAUCAAAUAAUUAUCAAUCAAAUAUAUUUCCUUAUUUCCAAAGAAUAAAGGACUGCAAAUUUCUUAACCACUAACAUUACUAUUUACGAUUAAAAUUAUAAUGUCUGUAAUUGCAAUGGUAAUAAUUUACUGAUUAGGUUAUGUUUAUUUCGAAACAAAAAGUCUUAAUUUAGCGCUGUUGUCAAAUUUAUUCUCAUCAUCACCAUCGUUUGCACUUGACAUAUAAUACACAAAAAAUAAUUUUAGUGCAGUGUGGCUUUGACAAUUGUGCAACAAAAUUAACACACGGAAACAGUGUGAUUUUUGACAAAUAUCAGUGAAAAGUAGUAGUAUAGUUACAUAUUGUUUAAUAUCAAAUUUUAGUGGAAAUUUUUAUUGAGGAUAACAUAAUAAUUAUUUUUAAGGCGUAAGAUUGAACAUUCCAACAUAUUUUUUAAUUAAAAAUGCCAGAAUUACCACGAAUUACAAGAUCUUUGCGUAUGUUUACAAACCUUGGACGUAUUAAAAGUACAAGGGAACUACAACCAAAUGAUUUAUUUAAAAAAGAAGAAGAAUAUAAAAAAUUGAAAAGUGAGUUUAACUGGCAAGAUUUAUGCAGACAUGUACCCAAAGAUGCUUUACAUCAUGUUAAUAAACUACGUCAAAUUGCUGUAGAAACGUUUGGAGAAUGUUCUUAUGAACUCAUAGAUGAAUUUUUAUUGUUUACUCUACAAUUACUAAUCAAUGACAAGUUGUUAACUAAUGAAAAAUUCGCAAUUUUAAAAAGGAAAGCUGCAAAUUUAACAUUUCAAGAUGCUCAGAAUAUGAUGGAGAUAAUUAGAAUAAUUCGAGGAAGAUUAAAAGAAAGUAUUUUAGUACUCAUAGGAAAUAGAGAAACAGAUGCUGAUAAUAUUGAAAUAUCAGAAAGUAAGUUGUUUGGCUCAAAAAUUGAAUAUAAACCUGCAAGAGUAUUGUGGCCAGAUACUGAAACACUUCGCAGUAUGUCUUUAGAAAAUAUUAUUCAAAGUACUGACAAUUUUUCGAUGAAAUAUAGAAAUGAAGAUACAAAUCUGUCUAAAACUAAAUUUGAUAAGGCAAUAUAUAAACAAAAUUUAGAGUCAUAUGCAAAGUAUUUUACAGACAUGACUUUGGAAGAAUUUGAAGAGUUUAUUAUAAUUAGUAAAUUAAAAAAUGAAAAUUCAGAAGAUGAAUUACUUGAUCUUUUAGGUUGUGAAUCUAUAGAGUUUAUACAAUACAUUAUUGAACAUCGAAAAAGUAUUAUAGCUUUGAGUUCUGAUUCAAAAGUACAAAAAAAGUGUAAUGCCCAAAGACCUGUGAUCAGUGGACAAGUGACUGUACAGUCUGAGAAAGAAAAACAGCUACUGAAACAAGUACGAAAGAAAGAAAAGAAAUUAAAUAAGAUAUCAAAUAAACGAGAAAAAAGAGGAGAAUCUGAAGAAAAUAGUUUUGAAUCAUUAGAAUUAUCCUUAAAAAAGAAUGAAGCAUUAAUAGAAAUGCAUACACCCAUAUUUGAAAAAAAUGUUACAGACAGAAAUAUGCGAGAAAAUAUUCCCUUUGUAUUUGACUCCAAUAUAUCUAGUAGAACAACAGCUGGUUAUGUAUCGAAACAACAAAUAAUGUUACCACAGAAUGCAGUAAAAAAAGAUACAGAAAUGUUUGAGGAAGUUUCUAUACCUCCUCCAGAGUCUCAACUAAUUGAUGUAAAUUACAAACCUGUUAUGAUAGAUUCCUUAGAUGAUACUGGACAAAUGGCUUUUAGUGGUAUUAAAUCAUUAAAUAUAAUACAAAGUAUAGUAUUUGAUGCGGCAUAUCAUACUAAUGAGAAUUUAUUAAUUUCUGCUCCAACGGGUGCUGGAAAGACCAAUGUUGCUAUGUUAACUAUAGUACAUCAAAUAAAGCAACAUAUUGAACAUGGUCAAUUAAUGAAAAAUCAAUUUAAAAUAAUUUAUGUAACCCCAAUGAAAGCUUUAGCAGCUGAAAUGACAGCAAAUUUUAGUAAAAAACUUCAAUGUCUUGGUAUAUCCGUUCGUGAAUUAACUGGAGAUAUGCAAUUGACCAAAUCAGAAAUUCAACAAACACAAAUGAUCGUUACUACGCCAGAAAAAUGGGACGUUGUUACUAGAAAAGGUACUGGAGAUAUAUCUCUUACUAGUAUUGUAAAAUUAUUAAUUAUCGAUGAAGUGCAUUUGUUACAUGGUGAUAGAGGGCCUGUAGUUGAAGCAUUAGUUGCUCGAACAUUAAGACAAGUAGAAUCUUCACAAAGCAUGAUAAGAAUUGUUGGACUUUCUGCAACUUUACCAAAUUAUCUAGAUGUUGCAAGAUUUUUAAGAGUGAAUCCACAUGUAGGACUCUUUUAUUUUGAUCAUCGAUUUCGACCAGUACCCCUUAGUCAAACAUUUAUUGGUGUAAAAGCUACAUCACCGUUGCAGGAAAUAAAUUACAUGGAUCAAGUAUGUUACAACAAUGUUAUAGAUAUGGUGUCUAAAGGACAUCAAGUAAUGGUAUUUGUACAUGCACGAAAUGCUACUGUUAAAGUGGCACAAACAUUAAAAGAAUUAGCGAUGAAAGAUGGUACACUUAAAUUAUUUAUACCUGAAGGUCAAGCAAAAUUUACAAAUAAAGCGUUUGCUAAAUCACGCAACAGGUAUCUAAUUGAAUUAUUUAGCAGCGGAUUAUCGGUACAUCACGCUGGUUUAUUGCGUUCAGAAAGAAAUUUGGUUGAAAAGUAUUUUGCAGAAGGUUUAAUUAAGGUAUUAGUAUGCACGUCAACAUUAGCUUGGGGUGUAAAUUUACCUGCACAUGCAGUUAUUAUAAGAGGAACAGAAAUAUAUGAUGCAAAACAUGGUUCGUAUAUCGAUUUAGAUAUAUUAGAUGUUUUACAAAUCUUUGGUCGUGCUGGUAGACCACAAUUUGAUGUAUCUGGUCACGCUACUAUUAUUACUUCUCAUAAUAAAUUAUAUCACUAUUUAUCGUUAUUAACAAACCAAAUACCUAUUGAGAGUAGUUUUAUUAAAUAUUUGGCUGAUAAUUUGAAUGCUGAAAUUGCAUUAGGUACAAUAUCUAAUGUAGAAGAAGCUAUAAAAUGGCUAAGUUAUACUUAUUUAUUUGUUCGAAUGAAGUUAAACUACCAUGUUUAUGGAAUUCUUCCUCAAGUUAUUAUAGAUGAUCCAAAUCUAGAACAAAAAAGGAAAGAGUUAAUCGAUGUAGCAGCUAAAGCGUUAGAUGAAGCUAAAAUGAUUCGAUAUAAUAUAAGUACAGGAGAUUUGAGUACGACAAAUCUAGGACGUAUUGCAAGUCACUUUUAUCUUAAAUAUGACACUAUUGAAAUUUUUAAUAGACUUACAAAACCAAUUAUGAGUGAAGCAGAAAUACUUGCUAUGAUAUCUCAAUCUCAAGAAUUUGGACAAUUGAAAGUACGAGAGGAUGAAAUGAACGAAUUGGAAGAGUUGAUUCAACAAUAUUGUGAACUUAACGUUCAAGGUGGUGUAGAAAAUAUACAUGGCAAAGUGAAUAUUCUAUUGCAAACGUACUUAUCACAUGGUCGAGUUAAUUCAUUUUCAUUGAUAUCGGAUCAAGCAUAUAUUGUGCAAAAUGCAGGACGCAUAUGUCGAGCAUUGUUUAAUAUUAUGCUAGGACAAAAUCGUGCAACGAUGGCUGGUCGUUUAUUAGAAAUGGCAAAGGUAAUUGAAGUGCAACAAUGGAGUUUUAAAAAUCCUCUGUGUCAGUUUCAUUAUUUAUCUCCAGAAAUUAUUAAUAAAAUAGAAGAAAAUGAUUUGACAAUUGAUAGAUUAAAUAAUAUGAACGUUAAAGAAAUUGGAGAUAUUUUGUAUAAUCAGAAAGUAGCAGUAUUGGUGAAGAAAUGUUGUGAAGAAUUACCUGCAUUAGAAAUGGAAUCAAAUUUACAACCUAUUACUCGCACAGUUUUAAGAAUACGUUUAAAAAUAUAUCCACAAUUUCGAUGGAAUGACAGUGUUCAUGGUAAAACUUCAGAACCAUUUUGGAUAUGGAUAGAAGAUCCAGACAGUGAUUUUAUUUAUCAUCAUGAAUGCUUUAAUAUGACAAGAAAGAUGGUUUGCAAUAAACUUGAACAAGAGCUUGUGAUGACUAUACCAUUACAGGAACCAUUACCUUCUCAAUAUAUAGUAAGGGCAACAAGUGAUCGCUGGUUAGGUUGUCAAAAUAUGCUACCUCUAACAUUUCAUGAUUUAAUUUUACCUGAAAUAUAUCCACCACAUACUAAUUUGUUAGAGUUACAACCAUUACCUGUAAAAGCAUUAAAAGAUCCACUAUUUGAAAAGCUUUAUAAAUUCUCUCAUUUUAAUCCAAUACAAACACAAAUUUUUCAUUGUUUAUAUCAUACAGACAAUAAUGUCCUGUUAGGAGCUCCAACUGGUUCGGGGAAAACAAUUGCUGCAGAAAUUGCUAUAUUUAGAGUAUUUAAGCAAUAUCCAAUGCAAAAGAUUGUAUACAUUGCACCAUUAAAAGCUUUAGUUAGAGAACGAAUAAAGGAUUGGAAAGUUAGACUUGAAGAACAACUAGGAAGACAAGUGGUAGAACUAACUGGAGAUGUAUCACCAGAUAUUAAAGUUAUAGCAAGUGCGAGCGUUAUCGUAACUACACCAGAAAAGUGGGAUGGUAUUAGUAGAAGUUGGCAAACAAGAGCUUAUGUCAAGGAUGUUGCUCUUAUUAUUAUAGACGAAAUUCACUUAUUAGGAGAAGAUCGUGGCCCUGUAUUGGAAGUUAUUAUUUCAAGAACUAAUUUUAUCUCUAGCCACACUUCAAAAAAAUUAAGAGUUAUUGGACUUUCUACAGCAUUAGCUAAUGCAGUGGAUUUAGCUAAUUGGCUUGGUAUCAAAGAAAUGGGCCUUUACAAUUUUCGUCCGUCUGUACGACCUGUACCGUUAGCAAUUCAUAUACAUGGGUUCCCGGGAAAAAAUUAUUGUCCUCGAAUGGCAACAAUGAAUAGGCCAACUUUUCAAGCGAUUAAACAACAUGCACCAUCUAGUCCAUCUUUAGUGUUUGUUUCAUCACGCAGACAAACACGUUUAACUGCACUAGAUUUAAUUGCAUACCUUGCGGCAGAAGAUAAUCCUAAACAAUGGUUACAUAUGUGUGAGGAAGAAAUGAACACUAUUCUAGAUCACGUACGAGACUCAAACUUAAAACUUACACUUGCAUUUGGAAUUGGGCUUCAUCAUGCUGGUCUUCAAGAUAGAGAUAGAAUGAUUGUUGAAGAAUUAUUUGUUAACAAUAAAAUUCAGGUGUUGAUUACAACAGCUACUUUAGCUUGGGGUGUCAAUUUUCCUGCUCACUUGGUUGUAAUAAAAGGAACAGAAUAUUAUGAUGGUAAACAACACCGUUAUGUAGACAUGCCUAUUACAGAUGUACUUCAAAUGAUAGGACGUGCAGGCAGACCCCAAUUUGAUACUGCAGGAGUGGCAGUGGUUCUAGUACAUGACUUAAAAAAAAAUUUUUAUAAGAGGUUUCUACAUCAACCAUUCCCAGUAGAAUCAAGUUUACUAGCUGUUUUACCAGAUCAUAUAAAUGCUGAAAUUGUGGCUGGUACAAUUAAAAACAAACAAGAAUUAUUAGAUUAUUUAACCUGGACGUAUUUUUUUAGAAGAUUAAUGAAAAAUCCUAGAUAUUAUGAUCUAAAUGCUUUAGAACCUAAUACAAUUAAUCAGUACUUAUCUUCUUUAGUGGACAGUACAUUAAAAGUGUUGAUAAAUUCACAUUGUGUGAAAUUUGACCAGGAAGAACAAAUUUUAUAUCCACAAUCAAUGGGUAAAAUAGCAUCAUUUUAUUAUUUAUCACAUCAUACUAUGUUAAUGUUUGAGGAAUCGUUACAAGAAUUUCUAACAUUAGAACAAUGUUUACGUAUUUUAUGUAAUUCUUAUGAAUAUAAUGAAUUACCAGUAAGACAUGACGAAGAAUUAUUAAAUGAGGAAUUAAGCAAAAUGUGUCGUUACCAAGUAGAUAAUUACUCAUAUGGUUCUCCACAUACAAAAGCAUUUUUAUUACUUCAAGCACAUUUUUCAAGACUUCCUUUACCAUGUGUAGAUUAUAUUACUGAUUUAAAAUCAGUACUUGAUCAAUCAAUUAGGAUUGUUCAAGCAAUGAUAGAUACAGUUGCAGAACAUGGAUGGUUAGCAAGUGCACUUAUGAUAAUGAAUUUGCUUCAGAUGCUUAUUCAAGCUCGAUGGAUUGAUGAAUUUGCAAUUACUACAUUGCCACAUGUAAAUUCAGAACAUAUACAAUUAUUUUCGGCGUUGUCAUCAUGUCUUCCAAAAUUGUGCUUUAUUAUGCGCAACAAAUAUAGUACACUUGUAGAGGUGCUUGGUAAAGACUUUCAAGAAGAGCAAAUAUUUCAAAUACAUCAAGUAAUGAAAGAGAUGCCAAUGCUUCAUGUCGAGUUAAGUAUAGAAAUGCACGAUGAAGAACAGAGAAACCAGAUGUUUAUAUCGCUAAAGACUGACAAUUCCGAUCAUAUAAAUAUUUGCAAGGAUCAAGAUUAUAUACUAAAUAUUACAAUGAGAAGAAAAAAUAAGUCUAAUAACUUGAAAGCACACUGCCCUUUGUUCCAAAAAGGAAAGGAUGAAGGUUGGUUUCUGGUUUUAGGUAAUACUUCUAACCUAGAAUUAUUAGCUCUAAAACGAGCAUCUGGAAUAAAUGAACAACGCAAAUAUUAUCAAUUACAAUUCACAGCACCAUCAAAUCUAGGACAAACAACUCUAGUGUUUUAUUUGAUAUCCGAUUGUUACAUAGGACUGGAUCAAGAAUACAAUAUAAAACUAAAUAUAAUAUCUUAAAAUAUAAAUUUUAUUCCACUUAGUAAAUAUGUCAAUUUUUUUUUAGGUAAAUGUAAACAAAUUGUUUUGUUAAAACUUAUUGUUAUGUUAUUAAUAUUUAUAAAAUUAUUUUAAUAGCUGUAAGUACUGCAAUGAAAUAUAUAUUUAAAUUAUAAAUCUUUUCGAAAUUUAAUUUUUUUAAAAGGGUACAUAUAAAUUUAUAUAUAUAUAUUUUUUAUUUAUUACACGACUAUGAAACAUAUAUAUGGAUUGUUUUAUGUUUUUCAUACAAAUGCAUAUCUUAUCAAUUUAGUGUACAAAGAUAAAAAAAGUAACAUUCGAAGGACCAGUUUUAUAAUUUCACAUAUUAUGGAUCAAUGAAUUUAGUUUUAAAUUCAAAUUUAAAAGUAAAAAAUAACAAAAGAAAAUCAUCCAAUAUUUCAUGAAUUAUAAAUCAUACGUAUAGUUUAAUAUGAAAAUGUUUUCUUCUAACAUUAGUAUUUUAUCAAAAGUAAAAGAAUAUCAAUAAUGGUAUAAUAUAUUGUGUAAACAUUUUUCCACACUGAUCCUCCUUUACAUUUAUAUUAUGAUAUUGUAACAAUACAGUAUUUGUUUGUAAUUUCUUAUACUAACGAGGAAUAACAAGAUAGUAGGGUAGGAAGGAUAUGAGAUCAUUUCAUUGCUUUGUUUUAAAGAGAACGUGAUUAAGUUGUACACUAUUUACCUGUCAUAUUUCACUUGAUAUUGAUCAGUGCAGACUGUUCAUUCUAAUGACCUAGAAGAGGUACAUUUUAAUUCUAAAGUAUUAGCAUUAUGCUUGUGUAAAUCCCUGAGACAAAUAAUGCAAUUUGUGACAAAGUAUUUUCUAUUCAUUGAUUUUAUUAACAUUUAUUGUCUUAGUAAUCAGAAAUAAACGUCAAAUGUUAUUAAAUUAAACUUAAAAUAAAAUUUUUAAAUAAAUAAUAAUUUUAUAUUAAUAAUAUAUGUUUUCAAUUGACAACUAACAAAGUCAAAUUUAUCCAUUAUAAUAAACAUUUUUCUAUAUUUAAAAUAUAAUUCAUAAAUAUUUUAAUGCUUUAACAUUUAAUAGACAAAAUAUAAUUAUUCCGUUUUUGAUAUUUUUUUAGGUUACUUCUCUAAAACUUUAAAUUAAUAACAUCAAUCCAAUAUAUUUUGUUAUCUUAUACAAUUUUUAAAGAUAUAAUAAAAUCGACCAGAUAAAUUAAUAGUUGAAUAUCUUCCUUUUUCUCUCUUUAGAUUGAGUCUUUCCCUGUUCCAUCAAUAGAUUGAACUUUCUGCAUUUUUAGUGUAUAUGAAAUGCACUUUAUAUAUUAUUAUUUCUGUAAUUGUAGUACUAAUCAAAGCAAAGAAAUACUUAAGCUCCUUCCAUAAUAGAAAUUUGGAAGUACUGAUUAUCUCUUGUAAGUAAUAAACCGAAAUAUUUUUAAAGCAAAAAUUUGACGAUAGUACAUUUCUACUCAUCACAUUCAUUGCAAAUAUUAAUUCUUUCUCAAGCAAUUGAGAAAAUUUCACACGAUAUAGUAAAUUGCAACUUGAUUUUAAAUGUCAUUAUUUUUCUCUUUAAAUAUAAAACAAAUUUUUUAAAAAUUAUAAUUAAUGCAUCUUUAUGAUUAAUAGGUUAUUACUGCCGUUUUUUUUUUUUUUUUUAGUACUUUCUU